AAAAUUCCUCAGGCAUUUUUCGAAAAGCAUCCACAUUAUGCAAAGAACGACUUUUACAUCACCGGAGAAUCGUAUGCUGGUCAUUACAUCCCCGUUUUUGCAGCUCAGAUUCAUCGGAGAAACAAAAAUAAAGAAGGGCUCUUCGUAAAUCUCAAAGGAUUAGCUAUUGGAAAUGGGAUGACUAAUCCGGAAAUCCAGUACAAAGCAUACCGUGAUUAUGCUUUAGACAUGAGACUGAUCGACCAAUCCCAGUACAACAACCUUAACAAGUCCGUUUCAACAUGCGAACACGAAACAAAAACAUGUGGUAAUAACUAAUAAGCUAUUUCAUUAUAUA